AUGCAACGAGCAUCAACAAAUACACCUCCUAACGAAAAGGCCGGAUCCGACAUUGAGAAGGGCCAUGUCGUCGAUACCUCCACUCCUAUUUCCGGGGACGUAGAGAUCAUCGAAGCCGAGUCACCUCUUAUGAGCAAAGGGAUAUUUGCUAAACUUUGGAAACUACUCUCCGCAACUGGUGUCGAGCUUCGUGGUGUGCAGCCCGUGCCCGAAGACCAACGAACCGAUUUGCAAUACAACAAAAUCUUCACUGUGUGGUUCACCAGUCUGAUUUGUCCUCUACCCCUUGUCACCGGCAUGCUCGGAACGUUGGCCUUUGGACUAAGCUUGAGAGACUGCAGUCUUCUCAUCUUCUUCUUCUCUUUCCUGCUUUGCAUACCACCUGCGUACAUUGAGACUAUCUCGCCGCGUACAGGCAUGCGUCAAAUGAUUCAGGCCCGAUAUAGCUUUGGCAUGUACCCAAAUAUUCUCGUCGUCAUCUUGAACAUGUGCUCUCUCUGCGGUUACCAAAUCAUCUGCCUAGUCACUGCCGGACAAACUCUAGCAGCUGUAUCAAACGAUUCCAUCAGCCAGGUUGUCGGAAUCGUUGUUGUUGGUAUCUGUGCCAUGGUUCCUGCAUUCUUCGGCUUCAACUUCAUCCAUCAAUAUGAACGAUAUGCGUGGAUACCGGCUCUGAUUGCCAUUCUCGUAGCUGUUGGAUGCGGCGGCAAUAAGUUGAAGGAGCAGGCACCACCAGUUGCGCCAAGUGGACAGACUGUCAUGAUUUUCAUCAGCUUUAUCGCUGGAUACAUGCUUCCGUAUAGCUCGACGGUGGGAGAUAUUGCUGUUUACUUCUCCCCCAAGGCACCGAAGUGGCGUAUCUUCAUGUACUGCUGGAUGGGCAUCUGCCUCCCGUCCGUUCUUCUCAUGUGUCUCGGUGCAGCAAUCGGUGGUGCAGUGCCGAAUGUCCCAUCCUGGGCUGAUGCCUACGACCGCGACUCCGUCGGCGGCGUUCUCGAAGUCAUGCUGCACCCAGCAGGCGGCUUUGGCAAAUUCGUUGCUGUCCUCCUCGCCCUCUCUGUCGUGGCACAAAUUUCGCCAGGCUUCUACUCCGUCUCGCUGAACUUCCAGAUCAUCUGGCCGCAAUUUGUCAAAGUGCCGCGUGUUCUUUUCGUCAUCCUCAUCACCGCCAUUGACCUCGGCGUUGGCAUCAAAGCCGCAGAAUCCUUCUUCGAGUCCCUGGAAAGCUUCCUAGGCGUCAUCUCUUACUGGGCUGCCGCCUUCACGGGCAUUUUGCUGAGCGAAUGGUUCAUUUUCCGCAAGGCCGACCCGGCAGCGUAUGACCACAAGAUCUGGAAUGUGGCCAGCGAACUCCCGAGUGGACUUGCAGCCCUCGCCGCGCUGAUCAUCCCGUUUGCGCUGGUAGUGCCGAGUAUGGCGCAGACCUGGUAUACGGGCCCAAUAGCAGAGAAAGCAGGAGAUUUGGGAUUCGAGUUUGCGCUCGUCCUUGGAACUAUGAUCUACAUCCCUACGAGGAUGUUGGAGAUCAAGAUUAGGGGGAAGCUCUGAACACGUCUGAGGAAUCUCGUCUGUCGUUAGAGUGAUGAGAUUGAUGGGGCGCACAUUUUAGCUAUAAUACCCGGUAAUAGACGAACCAUAAAUCUGACUUCGCUACACUCAAGCUUCAAGCCUGACUUUUCUGUAUAUUAGUGACUCGUUCUCAAAGCUUCCGGCACAGAUUCCAGACUGCCGGCCGGCAUCUGUUCAUGCAUAAACAGUAGGCCCCAACACACCUCACCUACCUGCAACAUACACACCUCUCAUCUAUUCCCUUCUCCUAGCCUACUACAUCCUAGCCACCACCAUGAC